GAGCCAUACACGGCAGGCGUCCUCGCUGCACCCGCUCGUUGCAGCCUUCUCAAACCGCCAACCACUGCAUCCGGAGCGCCCGACAACCUCGAACUUUCUGCACUUUUUUUUCCUCGAGCCUGUAUUUUUUCCUCCUUUCCUCUGCACUUUAGCUCUUCGGGGAGGGAUCGCUCGCAAACAUGAUGUCCAUGAACAGCAAGCAGCCACAUUUCGCCAUGCACGCGACUUUACCUGAGCACAAGUACACGACUCUGCACUCGAGCUCGGAGGCUAUCAGGAGAGCCUGUCUGCAGACUCCACAGCUGCAGAGUAACAUCUUCGCUAGUCUGGAUGAGACGCUUCUGGCGCGUGCCGAAGCGCUGGCGGCCGUCGACAUCGCGGUGUCACAGGGCAAGACGCACCCGUUCAAGCCCGACGCCACGUACCACACGAUGAACAGCGUGCCGUGCUCGUCCACGUCCACGGUGCCCCUCGCGCACCACCACCACCACCACCACCACCCCCAUCACCCGCACCACCAGAAUCUGGAGCCCCCGGACCUCAUGGACCACCUCAACUCGCCGUCGCUAACUCUUAUGUCCAGCGCGCACGAGGGUGCCGGGGGCGGCGGAGGAGGCGGCGGCGGGGGGCUGAUCUCAACGUCCUCGCACGCGCACUCACACAUGCACGGGUUAAGCCACCUCUCCCACCAGGCGGCUAUCAACAUGAACUCGCCGCUGACCCACCACGGCCUCUUGCCGGGACACCACAACGGCGCUCAGGGCGCACCGGGACUCGCCAGUAACGGACUGGCUUCCAUCAACGACUCGGACACGGACCCGAGGGAGCUGGAGGCGUUCGCGGAGCGCUUCAAACAGCGGAGAAUCAAACUCGGGGUGACGCAGGCGGACGUUGGGAGCGCGCUGGCAAACUUGAAAAUUCCUGGGGUGGGCUCGCUCAGCCAAAGCACGAUCUGUAGGUUCGAAUCUUUAACACUUUCGCACAACAACAUGAUCGCGCUCAAACCCAUCCUGCAGGCGUGGCUGGAGGAGGCGGAGGGGGCCCAGAGAGAGAAAAUGAGCAAACCCGACAUUUUCAACGGGAACGAGAAGAAGCGCAAGCGGACCUCAAUAGCGGCGCCCGAGAAAAGGUCGUUGGAAGCUUACUUCGCCGUGCAGCCGCGGCCGUCCUCGGAGAAAAUAGCUGCCAUAGCAGAGAAACUGGACCUUAAAAAGAACGUGGUGCGAGUUUGGUUUUGCAACCAAAGACAAAAACAAAAACGGUUGAAAUUUUCAGCUGCUCACUGAUCUUACGAGAACAUUUUUUGACUGAGUUUGGGGACCAAGGAUCAUACAAACAGCGCUUUCGGUCUGCUUUCCACGCAGUGGGGUUUCGUACUGGUGCAGUCUUGACAAAUAAGAGCAUUCUUUUGGUUUAUGAGGCGUCUUGUCCCAUCCGUUGGUUUUCACAGUACUGGUGAAUGUGAAGUAUGCAAAUCGCAGGUAAUCCGGACGAACUACUUCCGAAGAUGUUCCGAAGAGAAAACUGUCCUUAAGAUCUCAGCGAUGCCUUUUCCAAAUCAUCGCGAGACUAGACACGUUGAAAUUUAUUUUAGUGAAGUAUGUUUUUCCCCCCAGUAACUUUUGUUUUAAUCGAUGAAAUAGCCAUUGAAGGAUUACCUCAUACCCCUGUCUUGUUUUAGUUAGUGUCAGUUUAUAUAGAAUUUAAUUUAUUUCCGUAUUUGUGUAUUUAUUCAUUUAUGAUCGGGAACUGCUGUGUUUGGAAAUUUAUUGAUCUGUCAAAAGCAGAUUCUGUUUAUCACCGUCUGAACGUUAUCGAAUGUUAUCAUGCAGUGUUUAAAACGUUAUCUCUGAUGAAAACAGAGGAAAAAAACGAGAAAGACAGAACGAAAGAAAAGAGGAGAGUCUCUUUUAAUUUAUGAGUGCGAA